AUGUAUUUCGUCAGUGAUACAUUCCCCCGCGCGGGCGGUACAGACACUCCGCCAACCCGCCAACAGCCGCUGGAGGAUGCGGCCUGCAGGGCAGCCGCCGAGUAUGCGCGGCAGGGGCAGCUGGCUGAGGCAGCGAACGCGGAGGCCGCCAGUUUCCACCAGCUGCUGCUGCAGCAAAAUAGGCAGCAUCAUCAGCAGCUGGUGGAGGAGCUGAGGGCGACCCGGGUGGUGCAGCAGCAGCUGGCAGCAGAGAUGCGUGGUUUGAGAGAGGCCACUGGCCUCAUCGCGACAACACUGCGCCAGCUCCUGGCUGCCCUGGCUCGCCACCGAGAGCAGCGUCAGCCAUGAGGGACAGUCCCCCCCCCCCCAUAUCAUCCUUUAGUACUAGUACAAGUG